AUGGGUUGUGGGAAAUCAAAACAUGAUGUUGCCGCUGGAAACACCAUCACCCGUAAGAAAUCUGAUGUGGGUAGCAACAAAAGCAAUUAUAAAGACUUAGAGCCUACAGUCAACGCGAGCAUAUUGGAGGAACAAAAAGAAAAGCAAAUUCCUAGCCAAGAGUCAUCAAAAGAGGUUGUCGCUGGUGUUCGGGAUGUAAAUGUAAUGGUUGUUGCUGGUGUUCGGGGUGUAAAUUUAGAGGUUGUCGCUAGUGAACAAGAUGCAAAUGUAGAGGCUGUUGCUAGUGAACAAGAUGCAAAUGUAGAGGCUGUCGCUGUUGUACAGGAUGCAAAUGUAGAGGUUGUUGCUGUUGUACAGGAUGCAGAUGUAGAUGCAAAAGUAGAGGUUGUUGCUGUCGUACAGGGUGCAAAUGAGAAAGAAGAAUUGAAGGGAGGAGGCAAAGAUGUGGAGAUUAAAGAAGAAGGUGUUGUCGAGAAGCAGGAACCAGGAAAGUUGAUUUCAGAAGAGUCGUCAGAUAACGUUUCUGAGGGAAAGUCUGAGAAGGAGAGUUUGUCUGAUGAGAGUGCUAAAUUGGAUGAUGUUGCCAAGGAAACAUCGGUUGAGAAAGAAACAAAACAAGAAGCAGAAAAUGAAGAGCCUCAAGCCAUGAAGCAAGAGAAUGCUGACGAGGAGCCAGAAGUUGCAAACCCUAUAACUGCUGAGCUAGAAGUUGCAAACCCUGUAACUGCUGAGCUAGAAGUUGCAAGCCCUCCUACAAAUUAA